AUUCUGUGAGGAGGAUGGAGCUGGAAAUCUAAACAGAGUAGCUGGAGCCUGCAGAGUUCCAGCGAAGCUCCGAGCCUGACCUCCUCUCCUACUGAGCCCCUCGCCAAACCUCCCCGACCUGUGCGGCCCCGCAGAGCUGUCGCCCCUCUGACCACCCAUAGUCAGACCACUAUGAAGCUCUGGGUUGUGCUUUGCCUGGCUCUGCUCUGGGUGGAGCUCCAUAAUGGUGCUUGCCAACAAGUCAAGCGGAGAAAAGACAUAGGAGAGAACCGCAUCCGGCCAGGGGGGAAACGGGUAAAGAUAAGACACCCCAAACUAAAGGACGGAGCGGGGAAAGGCCAGUCCCUGUUGACCCAGGUGCUAGAUAAGGGACGCUUUGUGCGCCUGGGCCACAGCACAACUCUGACCCCUGGGAAGAACAUAGAGCUGCGCUGCAAAGGCAACUCUAUCGGAUGGUCAUACCCGACCUACCUGGACACCUUCAACGACUCGCGCCUCAGCAUCAAGCAGAGCGACAAGUACAGUCAGCUGAUCCUGACGUCGCCCUCUGCUGCUGACACAGGGCCCUACAGCUGCUGGGUGAUAGUGUGUGACGGCACGGACUGUGAGAAGGACCACGACCGCACCUAUGUCUCCUACAUCUACUUCACAGACAAAGACAACCUCUUCGUCCCUUCCGCCAUCCACUUUGAGAUCGUGUACCUGCGCCCGGACAGGCCUGCUGUGGUGCCCUGUCGUGUGACCGACCCGCAGGCCAAGGUGUCCCUGCACAGAGAGGUGCCUCCAGAGGAGCUCACAGCCAACGGGACGCUGGUGGCCUAUGAGCCCAACAAGGGGUUCAUCCUGCAGAACCCCAGCCCAGAGCAUCAGGGGGUCUUCUACUGCAAGGCUGUGACCAAGGGCACCCCUCAGAUCUCCACGAAGUACCAGCUGCUCUAUGUGGAGGUUCCCAGCGGGCCACCAUUUGUGAGCCUCGAAGCCAAUCCGGAGUCUGUGAGAGGGGGCGACAACAUCAAUGUGACCUGCACGGUGCUGGGGGAGCCCGAGGUGGACGUGAGCUUCACCUGGUCUUAUCCCGGUCAGGACUAUCGCCCAGUUCACAUCCAAACUUCCUGGAGGCUGGUUAACAGAGGCAUGGGCCACACCACGCGGGUCUCCCAGAGCGUCAUGACUGUAGAAGACAUGGAGACCAUCGACUUUGGGACCUAUGUCUGCAAAGCCAAGAACCAGCAUGGUGAGACAAUUGUGACGACCAACAUCAUCUCCAAAUAGCCCCAGAGGAGCCUGAGUCUUGGUCAUCUUUGAUGUGACUGUGUUGUUGAGAUGUAACUGUAACACACAUGUAUAUACAUAAAAAUGGGUGUAUUUUUAGAUUGCAGAAUGUGGUAACAUAAUAAAGAUUUGCUACA